AUGUCAAAUAAAAAUCAAUCGAGUAUCUCACAAUUCUUCAAGAAGAACACGGAGAAUAUUCCACCAGCUCCUCAGCCUAUCAAGAGAAAGCUUGAAACCGAGGAGAAAGAGUCGGUCGACAGAACAAAGCCACCGAGUGAUCUACUGGCUUUGGAGUACAAGUUCCUUGGCCCUGGAUGGGUACAGGCGUUACAGAAGGACCUUAAUAGCCCUUCAUUCAAGAGGCUCAAAGAGUUUUUGAAGCAAGAGGAGCAAAAGUACACAAUUUAUCCACCAAAAGAACUUAUUUACAAUUGGUCACGUUCUCCUAUCGACGACGUUAGAUGCUGCAUCAUUGGCCAGGACCCUUAUCAUGGCCCAGGACAGGCACACGGAAUGGCUUUCUCAGUUAAGCACGGCGUACGCGUGCCGCCUUCGCUUCAGAAUAUAUACAAAGAAUUAAAAAACGAGUAUCCGGGUUUCCAACCUCCAAACCACGGAAACCUUGAAAGACUUUGCCUAGAGAAUGGUAUUCUCCUUCUCAACAGCACUCUAACGGUGCGGAAAGACACUGCAGGAUCACAUGGUAACAAGGGCUGGGAACAGUUCACCACUAGAGUGCUGCAAGUAUUAGCCGAUAGACACAAAUCUAAAGGCAUCGUAUUCUUCUGCUGGGGUAAUUGGGCGAAAAAGAUGCUUGAAGGUGCCAAGGUAGAUAAAAAGAAGCACUUGAUACUGUCGUCGGUGCAUCCAUCUCCGUUGUCAGCAUCCAGGGGAUUCUUUAACACUGGACACUUCAAGCAAGCUGAUGAGUGGAUCAAAGAGAGGUAUGGAAGGGGUAUCGAUUGGAUGGUUCAAUCUGCAGAUCGCGUUGACAAAGCACCUAUCCAAGGCGAAAAAAGUGAUGAACCAAUCGCGAAAAAGCCUAAAACGGAUGAAAAAGAGGAGGAGAAAGCCGAUGUAACUACGAGUGAUACUCAAGUGCAUACAAAUGACGCAAUUCAAGAUGUACAAAACAUCAAGUCCAACUAA